AUGACUGCCAAAUUCGUUAGAUCUACAGUCUCCAAAUAUAAAUUCGGUGCACACAUGUCAGGAGCCGGUGGUGUCUCCAACAGUGUCAUAAACGCAGUUAGUUCAGGUUGUAAUUCAUUUGCAUUAUUUUUAAAAUCUCCAAGGAAAUGGAUCUCUCCACAAUACACAUCGGAAGAGAUUCAAAAAUUCAAAGAUAAUUGCGUGAAAUAUAAUUAUAAUCCAUUGACUGAUAUCUUACCGCAUGGUCAAUAUUUCAUUAAUUUAGCGAACCCUGAUCCUGAAAAAGUUGAAAAAAGUUUUGAAUCUUUUUUAGAUGAUUUGAAUCGUUGUGAACAAUUGGGUAUUGGGCUAUAUAAUUUACAUCCAGGAUCCGUAUUGAAAGGUGAUCAUGGUAUUCAAUUGAAACAAUUAGCUUCAUAUUUGAAUAAAGCUAUUGAGAAGACCAACUUUGUUAAGAUCUUGUUGGAGAAUAUGGCUGGGACAGGGAAUCUUGUCGGGAGUACGUUACAAGAUUUACAUGAUGUUAUUGAAAUGAUUGAUGAUAAGUCGAGGAUUGGUGUUUGCAUCGACACUUGUCAUACUUUUGCCGCAGGGUAUGAUAUUAGUAAUAAGGAGGCAUUUGAUAAGUUUUGGAAAGAUUUUGAUGAAAUUGUGGGAUUCAAAUACUUGGCCGCUAUCCAUUUGAAUGAUUCAAAGGCUCCAUUAGGUGCAAAUAGAGAUUUACAUGAAAGAUUGGGUCAGGGAUUUUUAGGUUUAGAAGUGUUUAGAAUAUUGGCACAUUAUGAUCAUUUACGUGAAAUACCGAUUGUUCUAGAAACUCCUUAUGAAAAGGCUGAGGAUUAUGGCCCUGAGAUUGAUUUAUUAGAAUGGUUAGAAAAUAUCGAUGAUCCAACUGACAAGGAACUAUUAGAAAAAAAUGAAGAGUUGCAAAAAAUAGGCACUAAAUCACGUAAAGAACAACUUUCCAAAUUUGAAGCGAAAGAAAAGGCUAAGGCAAAGAUAAAAACAACAAGGAAGAGAAAAGCUGAGAAAGUAGAAAUUGGGAUGGAUAUUACUUCCCAAUUGAAAAGUAAAAAGGUCAAAAAAUAA